GAUUCGCGUUAAUGGAGUUGUUGCUCUUGCACGAACUGAAGUUCGUGUGCGCUGUCGGACGAAGGAGAGAGGCAGCAAAACACGUCUGAAGACGUUUAAACAGAGCUUACAUACCUCGUGUAUCCCUUCAGGAAGCUUCACAGAAAUGUAGCCAAGAACAGUAAAAACCUCGAGCCACGCGCACGCCGAACUAGUGAAGAGUUUUGCGGUCUUGAUGAACUCCUUCGAAGUCUGCGAAAAUCAGAAAGAAAGUCGUCAGUCGCGAUCAGACAGGUACAAUAUAGUACUCAGAAUAUGGCAAUCAACAGCAAAGCCGUGAAGAAGAGUCAAGCAAAGGGUAGAUUUCUGAAAAGAGAAUGUCAGUUGCAGAUGUGAAGAAGAAUGGAGACUUGCAGCCUGUAGCACAUUAUGUCAAAUUUCACCACACCAUCAACAUCAGAUAUGUCCUGCACCUACAAUGAGGACUUCAAGCAGAUCCUUCUGCCCACUGUGUACAGUGUAGUUCUUGUGCUAGGGCUACCACUGAAUGGAGUUGUCAUCUUUCAGAUAUGGCAGUCCAGGAAGGCAUUAACUCGCACUACCAUCUAUAUGCUGAAUUUGGCCAUUGCAGACUUUCUUUAUGUCUGCUCUCUGCCACUUCUCAUCUACAACUACGCUCAGCAUGAUUACUGGCCUUUUGGAGAUUUCAUGUGCAAGUUUGUACGUUUUCAGUUCUACAGCAAUCUCCAUGGCAGCAUUAUGUUCCUCACAUGUAUCAGCUUUCAGAGGUACCUUGGCAUUUGCUAUCCACUGGCAAUGUGGCACAAGAAGGGCGGUAGGAAAUUUGCUUGGAUGAUUUGCAUCUUGGUGUGGAUCAUAGUGUUUGUCCUUUGUGCACCCACUUUUGAGUUUGCUACCACAGGAAUCCAGCGCAACAGGACUGUCUGCUAUGAUCUCACUGAACCCCAGCGUUCUAAACAGUAUGUUCCAUAUGGGAUGGCAUUGACAUUUAUUGGAUUCCUCAUUCCGUUUUUAGCAAUCAUUGUCUGUUACUGUUGCAUGACCCGAAUUCUAUGCCAAAAGAACGAAAUGAUUGGACCUGCUGUGCGUGAGAAAAAAGACAAAGCCAUUCGAAUGGUUAUCAUUGUAGUGGUGGUGUUUGCAAUUAGUUUCUUUCCAUUUCAUUUGACUAAAACCAUGUAUCUGGUAAUCUGGGCCAUGGGCGAAACAACAUGUUGGGUAAAGCAGACCUUUUCCAUUAUCUACAAAUGCACCAGGCCCUUUGCUAGUAUGAAUAGUGUAUUAGACCCUAUUUUAUUCUAUUUUACGCAGCAAAAAUUCAGGCAAAGUACAAAAUCCAUCCUGCAAAAGAUGAGCAGCAAACGAUGAAAAAAUCUAGAACAGUACAAAAGACUUCAAGGCUUUAAUAAUAAGAAAAAACUUGAGAAUUUUUUUCAUGGAAUGGCAAGCAUUUUGUUUACCUGUGCUUCUUUUUUAAUUUAAACAAUUUACCAGAGCUCUACAAUCUUCUUUGGGACUGACAUGAGUAUAGAUAAAUAGAUAUGGAUAAACAUCCUGAAAGUCUAUAAAGUGAAGGAAUCAAGCUGAUAUGCUGGUAUCGAACUUGGAUUGUGUAACGAUUUGCAACCGAGUUUUGUGAAUAUUGUAAUGUUUUACAAAAGAAAAGCUCCACAUUUUGACCAGUGUUUUCUUUUCAGUGUGCAGUACUCUCUUCUCUUUCUAUUAUGUGAUCUUUUUGUCGGUGCAUGUGAACUUGUUCUAAAAUAAUAAUAAGAACUGUGAACAUUUUAUUCGGUUUCCAGUUUAGAAGUAUUCUAAAGUGGACCCAGUUUGCUCAUUGUGUUUGUCCAUUUUCCAGUAUCGCCAAACACAGCUUUAAAUGCCUUGCAGUUUGCUAACACAUAUAUAUGUGUUUGCACCCCAAGGCCCUAUAUGGGAUAAUAGCAAGUUUAGCAAAAUUAUAGCCAAAAGCUGCAAUCCUUACAAAGUUUACUUCUCAGGCUUCUGAUAUGCUAUUCUGUAUUUUUCAUUCUUUAAAAAAAAUGAUCUCAGUCACUGAUUGGGUAGAUGGUAUAACAUGACAUCCAUCCAUCCAUUAUCCUACCUGCUAUACAGUAUACAGUAAUUGUACGAUGUUUCUUUUAGAGCAGUGUUUCCCAUCCUCUGUGGUGUUAUGGCCCAGUUAUUCACAUGCAAGCGUGUUCUCUGUCCAUUUAUUGGUCAACCUCUGAAUUUAGCUUGGUCAUUUGAGCGAGGGUGAUGGGGUGUUCCUACUUGAUGAAUUAAGGCAAUCAUCAAAGUGGGGUGUUAAAGGUAUUUAAUGACCCCACACUGUUACCAAAGUGUUAGAUGAAUCAAGUACAAUCGUCAAUGCCACUAGCUGGGCCGCAGCCCACAGACUGGGAAACACCACUUUAGAGAAUAUUUUGCCCAUGUUACUUGGGUUAACCAGAAAGUUUUACAGUAUAGCUAGUCAUUUAUUGUAUCAUUGUUUGAAUUUAAGUAUAACAUAACUAAAUGUACUGUUCAUUUUUCUACAUGAUCUCUGUUAACUUCCCUAGCCUUGCAUCAGUGAGAAACAAUCGUAUACUGUAUAUUAUUUCUGUAGUAGACUGAAUCCAACACUCACAGUUACUUCACCACUUCUGUAACUGCAACAUUAACUCUAAAAUGUUUUCCAUGAAUCUUUGAGGUCUGUAAACAAGAGGAAUUCUGAGAAAGUAAGAUCUGGGCUGAAGGCUGGAAGGGGAAGAAGAGUUCGCCAGAGUGUUGUGACUUGCUUUUAAAAAAUCAUAUUGCUGCACAAUGGCAUUUUUAAAUUCAGCUGCAUAUACAGUAGGAAAUGAUUGUUGCUGCAGUAGCAAUUGGACUCAGUUAAUAAGCUGUAUGUGCAGGCUGCAAAUAGUAUUUAAUGUCUGGGUACCAUCUGCAAAUGUGCUUCUUGUUAAAGUAUUUAUUUUCUAUAUCUGCUAGCAGAUAUACUAGCAGUACUAAAACAGAUCAACAUUUUAGACUUCAAGUAUGUUUUUGGUUUUAGCUUUUUAAAAUAUGAUCAGCUUUGGUGGAAAUGUUCAUUAAUUUAUAUAAAAGAGUUCUUGUCUAUUUAGUCAUAUGACUAAAUUAAAUGCCAAUGUUAAUAUCCUGUCAGGGAUUCUGAAGCCUGUAAGGACUAACAGGUAAUGGCAGGGUAAGGUAUGUUUUAUGAUCCCUCUGAUAUAUCCUCUGGUUUACUUAUGGUUGUACUUCUGUAUUUCAAUGUGUUUUGAAAAAUAUGUUCAGUGAACUGUAGUUGUGUCUAAUAUAUUUAGCAUAUUAUGAAGAUCCUUGUCUGCUGUAACAUUAUCUUAAGUGAAAGUGUUAUAUAACCUUGUUUAUAUCUGGUGUGAUUUGUACCUGAGCAAUUUGUGCAUGAGACAGAACAUGGACACAGAUACUAGAAGAAAAAUGAAAGUAAAUGACUAAUGGCUACUGGAUAUUGAGAUCUUUGGAAAACCGGAAAAAUGGGGCAGUGUAGUAUUUUAUAUUUUAGCUAGUGAUGAUGUCUAGCAAAGUGUCCCUUCAAAACCAUCUAUGUAUAACUGUGGAAUGAAAUUUGGAUAACAACAGCAGCCUUUUUACAUCUUAGAAGGUUUACUUAUAAUAGCACGUCACAAGUAAAGAGGUGAGGAGUUCACUGCAUGUGGUUUGAACAUAAUUUUUGUUUUUCAUAAUAUUUUCUGGGAUGAAUGUUUACACUUGGGGGGAAAAAACAAGGACCCUGGAGGCAGAAAUGCUAAGUAAAAAAUUAAUAAAUGUUAAAAAUUGUAUGGCAAUGUUAGAAGAAUCGUCAGUCUUCAAUAACUGUCUCAGUAUGAUACAUACAGAUGUUCUGUCAAAAUUUUGCACAAUGGUGAAUGCUGUAAUGUUGUAAAUACUUUUUUCACUGCUUUGUCACAGUUGUCAUAUUUAUUCUCAAGGAAGGUGGGUUAGAAGUGUGAUUGUGGAGGGUACAUCAAGUUAAACAGUAGUUGAGUUGUAAAUUAUUAAUACUGUGAAGGGAUGGGGGGGGGUGGUAGAUCUGAGUAAGCGGGCUUAAUUUGAAUAGGCAAUAUUUUUGGAAGAAUGUCAGCCAGCUUGUUUUAACAAGAGACUGACAACCUAUUACAUUUUUACUAAUGUAGUUAUCCCAUUAAAGAGCUUGUAGAGUAAAAAAUAUACUACAACAUUGAAAUGAAAAUAUUGGGGGGGGCGUGAGAUUCAUUCACUUUCUUGUGUAUUCAAGUUAAUUCAUCUAAGAAUGAUGAAUUUAUAGUGUAUUUUAUAUAUUCAGAAUACUAAUUGAUUAGUUCUAAAUUACCUGGCUUUGACCUAGGUAGAAUUACAGGUUUUAGCUUGUAUUGCUGCUGAUAUAGAUUCAGUACAAAUGAAAAUUUGACUACUUUGAUUGUAGAAAUACAACCACAUCUUAAAAGUGGAUGAAGAAAAAAGUUUUGCUUUCCUGUUACACUAGAACUUUUCACCCCUACCAUGAAUAUAAUUUGGUACAUUAUCGCAUCAGGCACCAAUAAUUGAUGAAAUUAAAGGUCUGUAGCUAACAUUAUGAACAUUGCAGUUUGAAUGUCUUUGGAGUCUAUGUAUAUCAGAGACAGGUUCUGAUUACAGUCCAGCAACUGACUGCAGAUAUGACAAAAAUGAUUUUGGAACUACACCACAUUUGUUUGUGUUUGGCUCUAUUAAUUAUGACAAAAUAUAUCAUAUUUAAAAAUAAAACCUAUUUGACUAAAGUUUGAAAUAGCUGAAUAUGUUUAACAGAGUCAUUCCACUGUAUCAUUUCUUAAACAUUUACUGUUGGAGUACAACAUAGUAGUCACAGAAAGUAUACAGUAAGUGAAAUGGAGCAGAUGCACUCAGUGAGUGAAGGGCCAGAUUUGAACUUACAGCUCUGUGAUUUAAUCACAACUCCUCAUCUAUUAGGAAAUUACAAUAGCAUCAAGCUUAGUAACAGCAGAUGUGCUUUGUUCCUGUUGCGUCAGUAUUAAAUUUGCCACCUCAUGUUUAAAAUACUGUGAGUCAGUUUAAUUGAAUGUACAGUACUUUAUGUGAACUUUUAAUUGUGAAAAUGUGUAGUGUACAAGGCUCUGUAUUUCCUGUGUUUGUUUUUUGUGAUAAUAAAUAUUCAGCAUUAACUUUCAAUUCACAUUUUUAUGAAUUUGAUGUCUGUUUUAAUAGUUAAUAGAGUAAUUGUUUAGAAAAUUAGGUGAUGUUAAAUAUGUGAAGAUUUAGAUUACUUGAAUCAUUAAAUGGAGAUGUAUCUGCUUGAAGCACAAAAUAAAAAUAUCUAAUGCCAAA